UGAAAGUGCUCAGGGUUCCCCAGUUUCAAUGCGGUGACCCUCAGGCUGCCCAGCGUGCAAGGAGCGCGGUGAGGGCUCUGGCAGACGGAGCACUACUGCCCUCAGCUCGGAUAAACGGCCACGUCAGCGUGAGAACCAGGGUUUGUAACUGUACGUGGCGCUUCGGAAUGGCCUGCAUUUAGCAUACUAAUACCCUGCUGGAUGGAAUUUGAAGUGUGAGCUAUGAUUUCGUAGCGUCGGAAUUUUCAUUUUAGAAGCAGCAGAAAUCUCAUCUGGAUUGGUAAUAGAGAAGUUCAUGCUUUUCCUCAAAUACUGGAAACUGUGGAAGUUCCACACCGUAUUUUUACCAGCUGCCCCACUUGUGAAGAUCCUCAGAUACUGUAUUGGAUUCCCAAACCUUGACUGUAUUUUACCAGGCUCAGUUAUAAUUCAUUCAGCAGGUUUUUGUAACUGGGUGGUAAUGUUUUGUGUCCUCCCCGCCCCCUUUUAUUUUGUCUUAAUUCAGGGCUCUAUUGGCGAAUCUGGCACAUGGAUCUUAUUCAGUCUGCGGUUCUGUAUAGCGUGAUGACCCUCGUAAGCACCUACUUGGUAGCCUUUGCGUACAAGAAUGUGAAAUUUGUUCUCAAGCACAAGUAUUGUUUCCGUGUUUACAGAAUCUUGUGGAAGAAGAACGAAGUUGCCGACUACGAAGCCACAGCGUUUUCCAUCUUUUAUAACAACACCCUCUUCCUGUUCCUGGUCAUUGUUGCUUCCUUCUUCAUCCUGAAGAACUUCAACCCCACGCUGAACUACAUUUUGUCCAUCAGUGCGUCAUCGGGACUUAUUGCCCUCCUGUCCACAGGCUCCAAGUAGACCCCGCGGCCCCAGGCUCUGAGGCCCUGGGUGGCCUGUGGUUUAGGGAGAGCAGCAGGGUGGCCUGGUGGGAGACACACAGAUGUUGUUAUAGUCUGGAAUUUGAGGGUUUAAAAAACCCAACAAAAUGUAAUUCAGUGUUUGUGUAUUGACCUUUUUGACAGAUUUUUGAAAUUAAAUGAGUUGAAAGGGAAACUCAGAGUGCCCUUUUCAUUAAAAGGCAAGACGCGUCUUGCAAUGUGCUGUAAUCACAGGGGAGAAAAUGACUCGUUUCCUCUGUCAGAGGUCACCGUAACCUGGGCCGAGCUGUUAUUAGUUAUAAUAGUCGCAAGAAGUUAAUAACGGGUUCUCUGGGUUCCAAGCAUAAUAUUACAACUUUUUUUUGAACCAGAAAUAUCAGAAUGAAUCCUUUCCCCGAGGGAGCUCAUACUCACGAGGCUCUAAGUUAGUGACUUGGAAUGACCCGAUUAAAGUUAAAAACGUGGUUUCAGAGACACUUUUGGAAUAUGUUUUUUUUUAUAAGAAGAGAGGCAGCCAGGGUAAUAACCUAAAAAUAGCGAGCAGGCGUCUGAGAGCCGCCCUGCGGGGCGGAAGUACACACCGUGCCACUGGAUGGCUUUGGCGCUAGGUGGCCUGGGAGGUCAGCCUGACCCUGCCACGUUGGUUUGAGACCGGAAUUGUUGUUUUUCUUGACCAGGGUCUCACGCCACCGGAGGAAUGUUAAGUAAGAGAGAUGACUUCUGUCCUGAAUAUUGACAUGUAAAAGACCCAAGUAAUGUUUGUACUCUGAGUUCGAGAAUUCUAAGAACUCUCCAGAAGAAUUACAGUGGUUUAAGUAAGAGAGAACUUUCCUGAAUACUGACAUGUAAAAGACCCAAGUAAUGUUUGUGAUCUUAGUUCUGGAAUUGUGGGAACUCUCCAGAAGAAUUACAGUGGCUUUAGUGCUUGUAAGCUUGUUUCCAGCAGGCCUCUCAUAAACUUGAUCCAUUAGCCCAGAGCUUCCCACUGACUGUGAACCAGAUACUGAUCCCAUCAGCCUCGGGGGCCCAGCCGAGAGCGGUCUGUUGCGUUUUCCCCGUGUGUGUAGAGAGUAUGGUUUUCUUGUCUGCCACGACUUGAAGAAGUUGGGGAAGCCCUUCUGUAAGUUGUGUCACUUAGGAGCUUAUGGGAUCAGGGGGCGGUCGUUGGUUUCCCAGUCCUCUUAGCUUUUGACCACACCCAGUUAUUUCCUCCAGGCAGAACUUCAAAGGCAGUAUUGUGUUCCUACUCUUUAGUUUGUACUUCUGAAUUUAAGCGGAAUGUCACCAACGAUAGUAGCUGUUUUAGCUGUCACUUUAUAAAAAGGUAUUGUUUGGGCAUUCAUCUUGCAGCCCCCUGCUGGUGGAUGUUUUGGUGGGCCACAUCCCAGGACUUGGAAGGAGACGGGGGCAGGAGUCCCAUUUGGCAAAGGUGACCCAGAGCAUCACUGCCUGCAUUUGAGGAUUAUAUUUCAUUGUUUCUGGAAGUUUGCGAUUGCUUACUUCUCUCUGAGGCUUUGUUAUCUGAAUGGAACCACUGAAUAUCACAAGUGGAGGGGCAAUCAGAAGAGGCUGACUGCAAGAGACAGGGUAACACAUAAGAGGGUUUUCUAACUUUUCAUUUUUGUUGAUAGAUAAUCGGUCAGUAGUUCAAAGUUGGCACUGAAUUUCUGUACAAAAUGCAUUGGCUUACUUGAUCAAAUAACUACUUGACAAGCUGUCAGUGUCUGCUACUUUUUUACCAGAACUGGGCCAAAUACCUUUUUUAAAACCCCAGGGGAAAUUCUGCCACUAGAUGGCAGUGCCUGUUAGAUGGGAAAAAAUUGCUGCCCUUCUUGGUAUGUAACAGCGUAGCUCAGCCGGGUGGUGACGGGGAUUCAGCUAACGUUCUCAGUAGAAUUUCUCUUGAAUGACUGAACUGAGUCAUUUGUGAAGAACAACGUUUGUUUCUGGUUCUGAAUUUUUCUGACGGUACUUUUUGUUUUUAAUCCUGAUAAUGAUUUCUGACUUUGUAUACUGUUAGAUAAAUUUCUGUGCAUAAGAUUAUAGAGCAUAUACUCAUUGUUCCACAGUUUGUAUUAAGGAUUUAUUGUGCCAGUAAUUUACUUCUGGGAAUUAGAGAACCUUUUUCCCAGUGUUCCUCCCUUCUCUGUGGCACACAGAAUUAUACUAUGCCGAAUCUGAUGUAGUUAGUAAAAGCCAGCUGUAGAAUUUCUACCUUAGAAAGAUUCCAUAUCCAACAACAGUUAAAUAAAAGGGGUUCUGCUGUAAUUAGGAUUCAAAGUGAUUAAAUUUCUUUUUUCAAACUCCUUGUGAUAAGUAGAGAGCCCUGGUGGCGCAGUGGUUAGGAGCUCGGCUGCUAACCCAAAGGUCGGCAGUUGGAAUCCACCAGCCACUCCUUGGAAACCCUGUGGAGCAGUUCUGCUCUGUCCUGUAGGGUCGCUAGGAGUCAGAAUCCACUCCCUGGCAACAGACUUUGUGCUAAGUGGAGACUUGCGGUGUUGCCACAUUUCACGCUUCUCUGUUUUAGCUUCCUCGUUUACAUCUUAAUAAAAACCCUGGAUUGAAACUGCUCUUAACCAGUAAAAGUUUACUGGUUGCUCCGCCCUACUUGGUGUAUUGUUACAGCUUGGAAAGGAAAAUUUGAAAGAAGAUUUGAAAUCAGCUGAAAGGUGGACAUCAGAUUCAUACCUAAAACUCUUGUGAAAGGUCUUGCUUAUUGAGUUUCAUUAAACUUUGCUUUUUAAAAUUUGUAUUUUCCCAGACCUCUUUAUAGGAGCCGUGUGAAUAAGAACACCCUCUUUAUGACAUUAUUGUACGUUAAUCAGCAUUUCAGUGUCCCGCACGUGUAAAUGUGCAGUUUUGCAGUUACUGAUCGAACGUCUGGGAGAGGACAAUGACCGGCACAGUGCAGCUGCGGUGAAGCGCCUGUUUGCCAGUAUGUGCCUGCCCAGCCAGCUUCAGUGUUUUCAGUGUUCACCGUGGUUUAGAGACCCGUGGGAAGGAUACAGACACAUGUACAUGUAUGUGUGUGUCUGUGAAUAUGGAGAGAGAACGGGGAGCAAUUUACAGAUACAUGUCGUGGCUCUAAGGAGUUCUCUCUUAUCUUAGAUUCCCAAGCAAGGGAAUUCACUGAAGAUUAGAAGGGCUUUUUGGUUGGUUGGUUUAGAUCUUCAGGGAGGUAGUCAGAGACCUAUUUCUCGUUGGCCUUUGUGGUUUUUCCUUGUACCUUUCCCUUGAUCUUUCCCUCCUCUGUAUGAUUCCUGAAUUUGGAUUCAUAUCCAGACCUUUUAGCUUAAAAAUGUAUCCACAUUUGAAGGCUUAGGACCAUAGACUCAUGGGACAACUCAGUCAGUUGGCAUAACAUAGUUCACAAAAAUCGUGAUCUGCAUCUUAGGGAAAUGAGUAGCAUCUGGGGUCUCUGAAGCUUGCGAGGGGCCGCCUAAGCCACAGCUACAGGUCUCUCCUUGCCAGGAGCAAAUCAGUUAAGCAGGUAAUCAAAAGCUCAGAGAAGAAAAAGUCUACACAGGCCAUGACCUCAUCUGCCCUGAGACCAGAAGAACUAGAUGGUGCCCCGCUACCAGCACUGACUCUUCUGACUGGGGUCACAGUAGAUGGUCCCAGAUAGAGUGGGAGAAAAAUGGGUAGC